AUGAAUUUCAUUAAGGGGAUCGUCGACGGCAUUCUCGCCGAGGAUGCGGAUCCAGACGACCGACGCACGGCCGGCUACAGGGCGGCUCACGGCGCGCCGCGGGCGGAGCACGAGCUCGGGUCGCGUUACACCGACUCGCUCGCGCGGGAGCUGGAGAGCGUGUACCGCGAGGAGCGCAGGAACUGCAUCACGUCACUGAUCGUGAGAUACGGGGAGGGAUGCGUGCAGCAGCUCAACGAGCUGCUCAAGACGAACAACCGCACCAUCGCCGACCUCUCCAAGCAGCUGGACGAUGCGUACCGGUCGCUGGGCGACUUCAACAGCGACCUGGAGGAGCUUUCGCAGGAGAACGUUGCGCUCAGGCGGCGCAACGCUGAGCUCGAGAACCAGCUCGAACUGCUGAACUCGGAGAACGUCAGCCUCAAAUCGCUGGUCGAGCAGGCCGAGAUUGAGGCUAAAUCGCAGGAACGGCGCAUUGGCGGCAUGGCAGAGCUGCUCAAGCAGAACGCGGCGACCUUCGACGGCAUGCGCGACCGCUGCACGGCCGUCGCGGAAUACGCCGCCCAAAUAGAAAGCCUCAAGGCGCAGCUGGCCGUCGCGAACUCGCACAUCGAAGCGCUGACGAAGGAGCGGGAUGCGCUUGUCGAGGCUGCGCCGGACGCCGAACAUCGCAUCAAGGAGGCCAUGCGCAAGCAGGACCGCGCACUCUCCAUCGCCAAGCUGAUGGCGCAGGAGGCCUUCUACCUCUCGGCGCAGAACGCGCAGCUAAGGAACCAGCCCGCGGCGGAGAUCAGCCAGCAGCAGUAUUCGCAGGCAGUGCUCCAGGCGGAGGAGCUCCGGACGCACGUCGAGAAGCUCAACGACGAAAACGGGCACCUCAAGGACGUCAACGAGAAGCUGCACAACAUGUACGCCGACCUCAGCAAGUCGUCGAAGCAGCUGAAGGACUCGUUCCUCGCCGAGGCCAUCCAAGCCCUGGGGGCGCGCCACCUCAAGCAGCUCGCGCCGGUGCAGCUGGUGUUCAUCCAGCCGACCAGGGUGCUCGACCUGGACCUCGACCUGGACUUCGUCCGGGCGGAGCUGGCGCGGAGCAUGCGGUCGCCGUACCAGCAGAGCAGUGUGCGCAUGGACAGCGGAGCGUUCGACGUGGCCAGGGAGGCACACCUGAUGCGGCCGGCAUCCGCUGAGCCAGCGACUCCAGCUUCGUCGAGUGCUGCAUUUGGCGCCGCCUCGCAUGCGAGGGCACCGCAGCCUGCGCCGGCGUACGCGGAGUCGGUGACGCCCACCGCCCGUCCGGCGAGGCCGAACGACUUCGUGGGCAAGAAAUCGUGGGACGACGAUUUCGACCUGUACGACGAGAUCCUGCACGAGGAGGACGCGGCGGCGGAGGAGCCGCAGCCGCAACCCGCAGUGGCAGCGCAGGCCGCCCCAAUGCCGGACCCCGUGCGGAGCCCGGUGCAACAGCUGGUAUCCAUGCCGACCACCCCAGUUGCGCUUGCCGCGGACGUUAAGUUGGACCUGACGAAGAGCAAAGGCGCCUGGGACGACGACCUCGACGAGCUGCUAAAUGAACAGUAG